UCCCGGAACUAACCUUAUGUAUGGUCGGAAUCAUAACAAGCUUGUCGUUUUCAGCCAUCAUGGCGAACCCUCGGAAGUUUAGUGAAAAAAUAGCUUUACACACUCAAAAGCAGGCCGAAGAAACUGCUGCUUUUGAAGCCAUUUUGCAAGAAGUUAAUUCUGCAACAAGGGAUCCACCAAGAUAUCAAAAACAGCAACACAUUGCACCUAAUUUGGGUACUUACAGAGGUGGAUCCCUUCCUAAUGUCAACCAAAUUGCAACCAAUCAAGGCAUUGACUUACAGGCUACAUUACAGCAUUUAGAUGACAUGAAACAAGGCCGCUCUUCUUUAGGUCAUGGACGACAGGAAAGACAUAGGCAGCAAAUUGGUCCUCAUAGACGAAAUUUUCCACCAGACAAGCGGAUUGAUUCUUCUCCAUAUGGAUCUGCCUAUCAUUUAUCUCCUCCUCCUGAUACAAGUUGGCGUAGUUGUGGGCUUACCAAGGCGCACCGCUAUCUGUAUAGUGGCCUUUCGUUGUCUCGGGUUCAUUCAGAUCCAUCUCUUCACAUGAAUGCUAUGGGCAAUGCAGCUAAUAGCAAGAAUUAUACACACCCACCAGUGACACCCCCUACACAUCGUAGAAUUAUUGAAAUGGUUGGUGAAAAUGCUGGAGAUGGCAUUCAGAGUUAUUGGGAUUCCAAGAAAGCAGGUGGUCCUUCAAGGCCCAAGUCUUGUGAAGUACCAAAUAUAAACAUUUACCCCAGCCAAGAAAUGGAAGGAAAUAACACAAACAGUCCUGUUAUUCAGAUGACAGCUAACAAUACAGGAUCUCUUCCUGACCUUUCUGUGUUACAAUUUCCAUCCCCUUUGCCAACACCACUAGAUCAUGAUGAUCCUUACAACACAGCAGCGGGAAACAGCCCAGUCAGUCUUAGUCCAACUAGUCCUCGACACAUGCCCAUGAGUAUUCAGAAUCCGCAGAGUCCAAAUCAGCGAAGACGGCAACCAUCAGGCAUGAGUCUCCCUAGUCCACUUGUCCUUAACCAGAUAGGAGGUCCCUCCUCUCCAGCUGGAAUGGCGGAUAUGGAUCCCUCCUGCAUGAAACAGCCGUAUAUGUUUAAUUUGCAACAGCAACUUCUGCAACAACAGCAGCAACAGCAACAAAUGAGGCACCAUGGGGCUCAGUCUCCAUUGAACCAGCCCUACCCUACACCUGUCUCCCCUUUGUAUUCACCCACACAUCAGAGAUCUUUAAAUCACCAUCGACAAACCACAAAGCCAUCUUUGCCUUAUCAACACAAUCAUAUAUCAUCCCCCUCUGGUUCACCAACCCAUUCUAGCCAAUCUCAUCACCAAGCCUCAUUCACUAACUCGCAACAGUCACCACCUAUUAAUCAACAGCAACAGUCUCCACUUUCACCCUUGGUGCCUCAUGUCCACAUCAGUAAUUGUGAUGAUCUAAGUGUACAGGCAUCAAUGACACAGUACCGCAACAAUGGUGUAUCAGAUUCGAAUUGCCAGUCACCAACUUCACCUCAUUCUGCCCCAUCCUACAGCCCAGCUCAGUCCCCAGGUGUUCCACCUACCAGUCAGUCAGUCAACUCAUCCUUUAGUGAUGCUUAUUACAUUCAGCAGCAGCAGCAACAAACAAAUGCCUUGCAGCAUCAGUUUGAACAGUUUAAUAUGAGUCCCCCUCAAGUAAUCUCAACUUCACUGGACUCUAAUGUUAUGACUACUAAUGGUCUGAAUUUAAUUUAUAGUAAUAGCUCUAACAAUGGAUCAAACAUGGUAUUUUCUCAGCAGCCUGGUCUAGCAUUACAGUACUCUCAGGCAGCCAUGUUGGCUAUGUCCAGUGCUGAUGAUUUAUUUCAACCUCAUUUCCUUGGUCCCAUAGAUGUGAUGGCUAGUGGUCAGUUUAAUAGCCAAAUCACCUUUUCCUCUAACAAUAAUCGUCAGUUUAAUCAGCAAAACUCAUUGACAUCGCCCAAUUCCAGCAGCAAAAUUCCUGAUAUCAUUCUUACAGGUGCAGAACAGUUGCUUUAUGAUUGUGCAGAUGAUAUGUGUCGAUUACCAUUGGAUUUCGCCAAAGAUUUGGGAAAUGCUAUUACUGGCAUGUCAGAUAGUUUUGAUGCUGACUUUCUUACAAAUGAUGAAGCCUUUAAAGCUGGCCUUGAUCCAUUAGACUUUGAAGAGAUUCAAAUGUUGACUGAUGCUAGUUUAGUGGCUGACCCAGCAACUGAGGACUCAUUUAAAUUGGACAGAUUAUAAUAAAAUUUAGUGGUGGCUUUUCUGCGGAUAUAACAAAUUGUUUAAAUUCUUUGAAAAAUUUUACUUGCUGCUACAAUUUUGUUGAAGCAUGUGUUCGUUACAAGGGUGAAGGAGUUUGUCAAACAGAGCACAAACAAAGCUCCCGACAAUGUGUUCAUCAAGCAUUGUUUUGAUGUAGUCAUUAUGUUGACACUCACUACAAUUUAUGUAUUCUCCCUGGUUGGUUGGUUGUCCUCUAAGGAAACAACUGAAAAGAAUCUUAGAACAAGGCCUUGAUUCUUCACAACAGAACAAAGUGCAAAUAGUUUUAACUCCGUCAAGAAUUAUUUGCUUCGUUUAUAAAUCAUGUUUCCUAUAUUUCAUCAUUGUGAUAAAUUUUAAGACACUUUUCACUGUGUUUUUCACUGGACAGGAUCAAUGAUGCAUUGACUAUUUUGUAGAUAAUUAUCUAUCACCAAAGGUACAUGGAAUCUAUUGUAGUUAUUCAGUAUCAUUGGCACAUUAUUUUAAUUUCUUUAACAAAUUUUAGUUUUUGCUUGUUACAAAAACAUAGUUUUGUCUAUUUGGCAGAAAGAAAUGUUAUUUUGUUGCAAAUUUUAAAAGUUUUUUUUUUUUUUUUUUAUCUUUUUAUAUAUUAUUGCAUUAGUAGCUAAAAUUUAAUCUAUAUAGGUUAAAAAAAGUUCUGUUUUUUUUUUUUUAUUAUAACUUUAGGUGCCAUGUAGUAAAAGCUACUAAUUGGUGCUACAAUGUUGUUUUUUUAAUGGAUUUAAGCUUUAAACCUAUUGGAUUAGAACAAUUUUUUUUUAAAGGCAAGGAGAAACACUUACUUAUUUCCCACUAAUUCAUAAAAAAAAAAUCAUUUUAAAUAUACAUUAGUGGACAUGAUAGUUAGCUCUUGAUCAUUCAUCCGUCCUGGUUUAUAGGGAAAAAAUUAAUAUAGACAAGUUUAUAUUACAGUUAUGUUUUCUUCCCCUUUAACUUGAGACAAAAUAUUAACAUUAAAGAGAUGAAAUAAUUUACUUCCAAGAUUUCUUUUUUAUCAUUUUAACACUGCAUCUUUAUGUUAUAAAUGUUUUUAUAUUGAUGUUAUCUCAAGAUGUGGUCAAUUAGUUGUUUUUUUUUUAAAUUAUAUUUGGCUUGUAGAUAUCCUUUCAAUCCCGUAUUACAAAUCAAGCACUGGCUGCAACAGUAGGAAGUUUAGCCGAGAGAUAGACUGAUGCAAAACUAUCAUUGUACAUUUUGUAUCGUAUGUAAAGAGACAAAUUCUUUUUAGCACUGUACAUUCUGACAGCCUUUCUCAAUAGUGAACAAAACACAGCUCAUUGUGUCCAGUUGUAGUCACUAAGCAAUUGACUUAGUUUAGAUUUUUGUACAGUAUCUUGACUGUCAGUCAACUAUUUUGUUUCUUUGGUGUAUCUUUCUUUGUUGUUGAUUUAGCUCAUGUGCUAACGCUGAAGCCAUCAAUUUAAAAUUGUAUGGUUUGUCAUUUUAAAUAUUGUCCCCAGGUUUUGUCAUCAUUUAUAGUGUUAGGCAAACACACCUGAUUACUUGGUGUUGACAAAACAAUUUUUUUUUCCUAGGGAAAAACAAAUAAUAUCACAAGAAGAACUUGGACUUGAAGCAUAAUGUUGGAGAUUGAAUUGUUCUAUAAACAUCUAGUGAAUUAGUCACAUUUCUUUGACAGAAUUUGAAGAAGCACCAAUGUUACUGUGCAAAGUGAAUGUGUACACACCAAAAAAAAUUUUGUUUGAAGAUGCAUGCAACUAGUCUGUUUACUUCAGUGCUUAGAAAUAGUUUUAAUCAACAUUCAUCCGAAAAUAUGAGCAUGGAUUUAGCUUUUUUUUUUAUUCAGUAGUGCCAAUAAUUAGUAGUUGUGAACUAUUAAUUUGUUAUAAUUGUGUGCCAAUGUUUAUGUAAAUCUACUAAAUGUUGACAACUAUCAAGAAGCUGAGCUGGUCUUGUUGAACUGAACUAACUCGUGUAUUGUUGAGGAUGGGAAGAAGUUACUUAGGCAAAUUUUAGUAUCUCUACCAAGUGCAAUGUGAAAUUGAUGAAAGAUAAAAGUUAGCACUAAAAUGUCUUUUCCUUUUAUUGUGUUUACAUUUAUAUAUGUGCAUAUUGUUAACUGUAGCACAUAUAAAUUAGGAUUGGAAGAUAAAUUUUAUGGCCUUUAUAUUCUUUUCUUAAAAAAAAUAUAAUGCUUUAUAAGAAGGAUUUCAGGUAAGUAAUUAUCAGACAGUAUAUCAUCUUUUGCUUCUAAUGUAUUUAGUGUUAUAAACUUAUAUUACUUCAUGGUAAGUUGUCAGUAUUUCCCAAGUAAAAAGGUGUUACACAGUUUCUCACUUUGUUUUUUCUUUUUGUACCAGCUUUUACACCAUUUCACCAAGCUGAUCUUUAUUGUUAGGUAAAUCCUAUUGCAAAGAUACAUUUCCCUUUUUUUAAUGUACAGUUGGGAUCUUAUUUAAAUUAUUAGAAAUGGCUUAACAAUUUACUUUAUUUGAAACCUUUUUCUGGUUUAUGCUAAAAUAGUUGAAAUUGAACCUUUUUAAGUACUGUUUUUGUGCCUUAAUUGCAUUCACAAUCUUAAUAAUUAUUGUAAUAUAAUUUUUUAAAAUGUAGAUUUAAAUUUCAUAGAUUAUUUUUAUACUGUUCUAAAAACCUUUUUUUUUUUAAUAAUCUUAUGAUUCUAAAAUGUAUGCCAAAUGUUUGUUUUGUUUAAAGCUGAACUAUAAACUUAUUGGCUGGUUAGUUAGGUGUGCUAUUCCUCAUAGUUUUAUAGGGAAAGAAAUGUUCUACUGAUACCAGGACUGGAAAACUAAAGCUGUUGUCACCAGAAGAAAAAUUUCUAUUUUUCAUCUAUGUAACUGAAGAGCACAAACUUAAUAUACUGCAGUAUUUGUAUUUGUUUAUUCUAAUUCAACUUUAAUUCUUUUUUAGAGUCUUUUUCAAGAGAUACAUAGUAAAUGUCAGAUAAUGUAACUAAGUUACAUUGUUACUGUGAACCACUGGUGCAACUUGUGUUUUAUUAUUUUCUGUGGUUUUUUUCUAUUCUAACUAAAGUUGUUUGUACCAUGUCAAACAGUUGUAAUAGAUUUAUUACACAUAAAAAAAUUGACAUAAAAUCUGUGAUCUCAGUUUAUUUAUACUUUUUUUUUUCUGGGGAUUUUGACUUGUUUUUUUUUUUUUUCAAGCAAAUUUUUUUAAAUAGAGAAAAAUAUUUAAAAUUGUAUUUAUAAAUUUUCUUAGUUCAAAAUCAUGGAUUCAUAACAUUCAGCAUGAUUAUAAGUUAAAUACUUGUCUUGUAAAGAAAAUCCUCUAUUACGUAAGUUGCUAGAGAAGUAUAUUGAAGGGUAUUCAUUUUAAUGACUUACUCCAAAAGGUGACAGGAUGUUGACCUAAAUCAUUCACUUUUAAGCAACUUAGUAAUUUGAUAGCACCUUGGCUGUGUUUGAAGACUAACUGUAAAUAUUAUUUAUAUAAUGCAGUUUAUGCAAGUACUAUUAUGAUUCUACUUUUUACUUCUACAAAUAGAUUUUUUACUGCAAAUAAAAAGGCUAGUGAUAGAAAUUACUAAAAGUUUCAAGCUAACGAAAGGUUACAACAUAAAUUUAUUUACUUAUUUGAACCCCAAGUUGCAGAGAGAACUAUAAAUGAAUCAAAGAUAGAUAGGUCCCAUGGUCACUUUGAGGGGGACAAAUAAUAAAUCUAGAUGUUGACUUGAGCAGUGCUGAAAGUUUUGCUGUAGAAAACAAUUGGCUUCCCAAUGCAGUGUGCAUUACAGACAUGUUGGCCUUUCAAGUUUUGUCUUGACCUAAAUAGCAUAUAAGACUUUGGAAGCAGAUCUGAACUAUUUAAGUAAACAAAAAUUUAAUUAGGUGAGUUCUUCAUUGACAUACAUGCUUUCAAAAGAUGUCACCAUAUUUUAUUCAGUUUAUGAAAGGGCUAUUUUACAUCUACUAUUGCUCAUUUAUUCAUGUAAGGAAGUUAGUUCAGCAUUUUUGUUUCUUGACUUUAAACCGGUCUUUUUGGAUUGUUAACUAAUUGCAUUUAGUAAAAAAAAAUUCUGAAAUUAACAUUCCAAUAGCAUCCCAUACUGAUUUUGAGUUCCUAACAUGACAUUGCUGUACACAAAUUAAGGUUUAUUUCACAAGUAGCACAUGGAUAAAUGUUUUGAUGUCAAGUAACAUCACAUGUGGGGUGAGAGGUGCUUUACUUUUGUUAGAACAAGCUGAGGAAAAUUUUGAAUUUUUUUGUUUAAACUUUGACCUUGUGUAUAAUGAAGUGAAUGAAAUGUUAGCAUAAUAUGUUGUGGAAAAAAGAAGUUUGGACAAAGAACAAUGUAUGCUUUAACUGGUGUACAAUGAAUUCCUAUGAGCACAUAUUGUGUGUAUGUGUACAGGAAUGGCAGUGUUUUGUUUUUCCAAUUCAUGGAUGAAUAUUGCUGAUUCCUUUUUCCUCCUUCAACUUUGAUCCCCAAAUUUUGCUCAAAUGGAUGAGGUAAUAUUGUUCUUAGUCUCUCUCUCUCUAUAUAUAUAUAUAUAUAAAGAAGAUCACAAUUUCCUUGAAAAAUUUUUAAUGCAAUUUUGUGUAUUAUAAGCACCGCUUUUCAUUAAAAACAAAACAACAGGCUACAA